UUGCAGUGAUGCAGCUAGGGGUGGACUUAGACAUUUGGGAAGAAACAGAGAGAGGUGGCCGGAUGCGAGAUGGUUGUGAGUGGCGGUUUCUAUUUUUUGUGAACAAAAACGAUCACCAGGUGAAUGAAAUCUGCGAAUCUGUUAUUUCUUUGGAACAAGCGUCUUGUAGGUUUUGGCUUUUUUUUUUUUUUUUUUCCUUAAGAAAGACUAAACUUGCCUCAGCAAUUCUGGCAAGAAGAGAGGCAGCCGGAAAGCUAAAGGAUGAGCAGUCUGUGUGUGUUCCUGGAGAAGAGGCAAUCAGAGAGGGGGACAGAAACAAGCAAAGACAGGAAUUACUUGUCACAGGACGCUACAGACGCUCAGAUGUGUGGCCCUGGGCUCACUGCUCUCUGCUUCAGCGUCCUUAUCUAACGACUCGGUCCUUGGGAAUUAUUCUCUGCUGUGCUCUGGGCAUUCUCUGUGGGUCAAGUGCUGAAGUGGACAGCUGCGCGGCGAUGGGAGACGAGAGGGGCAUGACACGGACACUGCUGGAAUGCAGUCUCAGUGACAAGCUGUGUAUUGUCCGGGAGCAGCAGUAUGAAAUCAUCAUCAUCCCAACCCUCCUGGUUGGCAUCUUCCUCAUCCUCCUUGGGGUCAUCCUGUGGCUUUUUAUCAGAGAACAAAGAGCCCAACAACAGCCUCCUGGACGCCGAGGCAUUGCCCAUGUGCCAUCUUCUAGAGGUGUAAGCCAGGAAGCAGCAGGACAUGGAGGAAGUGUGUUUGUACCACUUAAGGAGACAUCGGUGGAAAGCCUUCUACAAACUUCCACACGUGCCCUGGCUAAGCUGCAGGUGCCCCGGGAGCAACUCUCUGAAAACCCGGAGCAAAUCCACAAUGGUAGUUAUGGGGCCAUCUAUCGGACCAAGAUAUAUACUGGGGACCCUGCUAAGGCCAAGAGUGUUGUCCUCAAGGCUUUAAAAGAGCCAGCCGGGCUCCAAGACGUGCAGGAUUUCUUAGGCCGAAUCCAAUUCUAUCAGUACCUGGGGAAGCACAAGAACCUGGUACAGCUGGAAGGCUGCUGCACAGAAAAGCUGCCGCUCUACAUGGUGCUGGAGGACGUGGCCCCAGGGGACCUGCUCAGCUUUCUCUGGACCUGUCGCCGGGACGUGAUGACCAUGGAUGGCCUUCUCUAUGACCUCACAGAAAAACAAAUAUAUCACAUUGGGAAGCAGGUUCUCUUGGCUUUGGAAUUUCUCCAGGAGAAGCAUCUGUUCCAUGGGGAUGUGGCAGCCAGGAACGUCCUGAUCCAGUGCGAUCUCACCGCUAAGCUCUGUGGCCUGGGCCUGGCUUAUGAAAUCCACUCCCGAGGGGCCAUCUCCUCUACUGGCUCGGUACCUCUCAAGUGGCUUGCCCCGGAGCGGCUUCUGCUGAGAGCAGCCGGCAUCAAGGGAGACGUCUGGUCCUUUGGGCUCCUGCUCUAUGAGAUGGUGACUCUAGGGGCGCCUCCAUACCCCGAAGUCCCUCCUACCAGCAUCCUGCCAUAUCUCCAAAGAGGGAAGAUAAUGAAGAGACCUAGUAGCUGCACACACACCAUGUAUGGUAUCAUGAAGUCCUGCUGGCGUUGGAGCGAGGACAGCCGCCCGUCACUUGAAGAGCUACGCUCACGCCUGGAAACUGCCGCUCGGACAGCAAAUGACAAGGCUGUGCUGCAAGUACCAGAGCUGGUGGUGCCGGAACUGUAUGCAGCCGUGGCUGGCAUCAGCGUGGAGAGUCUCUCCUACACCUACAGCAUCCUCUGAUGAUCCUGCGGCAACACACAUUUCUGGGCGAUCAGAAACUCUUGGAACCAAUUCCUCCAAGAACAGAGAAUAGACUUUCUAGUGGGACAUAAAGGGAGAAAUGGACAUGGAUCCUGGAUUUUCUCCCACAUAUUUCCCUAGAAACCUGAAAUGAUGGUAGAUAAGGCUGCACACGCCGUAGAAUCCUUGAGACUGAGAAAUAUAAUUUCAUUUCUCUGUUAAAUUUCUGCUGUUCAGGUCUGAAGACACAGGGCAGAUGGGGUGGACUGUGUCAUUGCAAGGGAGGUUUUAGAAAUCUGCAGUGUUUGUCUUAGCAUGGCACAGAUAAUCCUCCCGCCACAGGCUGGUUUCCUCCUGAAACGUGCUUCUAUCUAGGCAAUUAUAAGGUCCAGAACAUUGGAAUCAUAUGAGGGAACAGAAAGCCGAUAAAGAAGUUGAUGAGAAGAAAAAUGUAGGUUCUGUUUGCUCAGGAGUAUAGAUGUGGACCAAGGGCAUCCGUUAGAGAGAAGAUGGAGGAACGACAAGUCUUCAGUCUCAUUCCCCCAUGCAGGGCUGGAGGAGACCCAUGAAGGAAGCUCCGAGUCUCCCCUGGGGUACAGAUAGGAGAAAUAUGAUCCCCUUUGAUCUAAUUCUGAUACAGGUAAACACUGUUGGUACUUCUUUUAACCAGAAGCUGGAGGAAUCAUUUCAUGAUUAAGAACAUUCAACAUGUUCUUAAUGUUCAUCAGGCUGGCUUCCUGGUCCAUGAGACAAGGGAGAUUGAGCCCAAAGAGACAGGUCGGUGAUGAAUAUACUGUGUAUGUAUUUAAUAUGGGAAAUAUGGAAACCAAGCAAGAGUGCUUAGGAGAUCAGACUGUCUUUAACAAGGGCUAGGAAAGGAUGUAAUCUGAGAUGGAAGGACGGUAGCUUCCUUCCGAUGAUGUACUGUGAACCUUGUUUCAUUAAAUUAGUAUUUAUUAAGUGAAAAUAAGCUUUUCUGGUUAUACAGUUGCCAAAAUCUCUACAAUAUGGAAGACAAAAGUAAACAAAUGGAAAUUAAUGUCAAUAGAAAAAUUCAAGAGGCAAUCUACAUUGUCAGAAAAGGGAUUCCUCACGUGUUCUGCAGGGGUAACACCCCCCUCACAAGGUUGUUGUGAGGACUGAAUGAGAGUAUGCAUUUGUACAGUAUCUGGUAUAUAUUGUGUGCUCAAUAAAUGUUAAUCUCCUUACUGCCCCUCUUCCUAUCCUAGAAUUUUUCAUAUCUUUUUCGUUUAACAUCGACUGUGGCCAAGAAGAGAACCCGGGUCUGUCAGUCACACUACAAAGCGGGACACGCUUAAAGAUGAGUGUGGUACAAAUGCCACGUGACUAAAACGAUGACGGCAUUAUUUUCGUGUGAGGUCUGGAUGAUGAGUCACCUCCUACUACACCAAAACACUGAAAGUAUGAUGAUGAUGACAAUUCAGUUGAACAUGUGACCUGUGAUUUUAAAGAAUGCUUUAGAUACUCUAGAAGUGACGCCUAAGGCUGCUGUGGGAAAGAUGACUGGCAGCUGAAAAGUUUGCAGAAGUUAGAAUCCUGAUGGAGUCAUGAUGAGUCAGCCAACUGAAUAAUGAUUCUUGCACCUGUAGCAAUACCACAGCGACUAGUCAGGAUCUGAACGGGUGGUGAGUAGCAGCAGAGAGAAGGGGGGUCGAGUGGCUCGGCACAAAACGAUAAAGUCCUAUGGAAUCUCGCGGUUGCUUUUCAGCUGUUCACUUAAGUCAAAUUUUCAAAAUAUUUAUUUAUUCAUUCAACUGUUUUCAAAGAAUUGAGUGUUAAGGCCAACUGUGCCAGACACUGUGCUAGGUGUUGGAUAAGAGAACAGCUCUGGAUUACAGUCUGGACUACAGAGCUUUGGAUUUACAGUUUCUUCAGAUAAAAGAAACAGAGAGCUUUGGAUUACGAGAGACGUUAUAUACGUAUUUGGAUGGGUACGUGUUAACUACAGAUUGUGGUGAGUCCUCUGAAGAGAAAGUAUAGGACAGUAGAAGGGAGCAUCAGGUGGGGACCUCCCUGAAGAAGUGGUAUUUAAACUGAGCCCUUAGGGAUGGGUAAAUAAGCCUGCCCGUAAGAAGAGCUUUCCAGAAGGACUGUGUAUAUGAAAACUCAGAGGCAAGAAAAAAA